AUGGCAGUCACUUUCAGUGCUGGCGACUUUGCAAGUUGGGGGAUAUCACUUGGAGAUGUCGCUGUGCUGGCAGGAGCUGGGCGAGCCAUCGGAACUUGGGUCAUGAAUUCAGUCAAGGAUCAGGGGCUCCUUCACUUCAUGGGGGUCGAUCCUGAAGACCUGAUUCCACGGAAAGGUCUGAUUGACCCAGUGGCCCUUCACAAGCGGUGGGAUGUGCGGUUGACCCUGCUCCACAACGGAAAGAAACGUGUGAUAGGUGGCCACACGGGGACAGUUGUGGAGAACAUGGGCAUUUUUAGCUGGCUUAUGACCAUCAUAAGCAGUGCGAUGGAUGCCACUCUUGGGGUGAGCAGCAUGAAGCAAGCGUUGUCUCAGUUCCUCACUGUGCUCUUUGAAGAACACCUCGAUGGACUUGAAUUUCUUCAACGAGAAUUACCUCAGCAUAUUCAAGGUUGGGUAUCUGCAGCUUUGGUUCGAAACAUCAUAGCCAAGGCUCGAACAGUUUGGCAAUCUCUGCUUCUAUCCGGAGUAAGAUUGCCCGGUAGUAUUCCUGACAAAGACAUUCCAGAAAUUGUUCGGUUCUUAGUUUGGGUCGCCGGGGCUAAGGGUUCAAGAGGAUCCAAAUUGUUUAAAACAACCUCUAGUGAUGUCUUUGCCUUUGCAGUCAUCCUUCAAGAAAUUGGUCUCGAUAUGCUGGAGACUGUACACAAUCCCAAAGAAGAUUUAGACGUUUUAGAAAGCAGACUUGUGGUUCAGUUUGAUUCCGGCCUUGUUAUGCACAAUGAUGAGGAGUCAAAAAUGUCGUUGGACUGCCAAAAGCAACGUUCGGGAAUGAGAAUUCCCUUGGAAUGCAUGGAAGAGUGCGUAUCCGUUUGGCCUGGAGCAGCGGACGAGAAUAACAAACGUCGAAUGCUCUUUCUCGAUGGCCUAGCUGCUUCCGAAUCAAUCUCUAUCUCGGCGAUGUCGUCCAUCACAGGUACUGGGAAACACGUUUUUGUGCUUUUAGAAGAAUCCGAAAGUGUGGGACGGGCUGAAAAUGGAACAUAUCAUGUGGUUUCACUAUGCUUUCCGAUUGCGAAUCCUGCCCUGAUUGAUUCAGUAUCGGAGAUUUGCAAAGAAGAUCCAGGGCUGCUUGGCCGAGAUUCAAAGGGGUUUUUUCGUCGUCUGCAAAGCAAACCUGACAUACUCAGCAAAUUGCAAGUUUAUGUUCUCGGCUACUAUUAUGGAAUGCUAAGAAAAGUUCUUGAUAUCUCGAAGCUGUCUGUUGAAGAAGCCUAUGGCAGCUGGAAGUGGUUUGAUGCGCAUCUUCUAAGCCAAGUGCGAACGAUACUAUCAGACCACUCGCGCCCGGUCGAAGGGACAAGGUCGAUCCACUUUGAGCGCGCAGGUAUGCUCAAGUUGCUCGGACUAUUGAUGGCAGGAGCGGAGGAUGACCAGCUAAGAGCUGUGGACGACUCCACGAUCGGCAUUCACGGUAAAAUUUCGGUGGUAAGUGCCUGCAUUUUGGGUUCGAUUACCUCGAAACACAACGCGACAACCUUUUGCCUUCUUGACACCGAUCCAACUUGCAUUCCCAGCAACGCUAGGGGCAUUGUUAGAAGCGGUGCUCAGGACACAAGUUUCUCCAAGCCACCGAUGUUGCACCGGAAAGAUAUUCUCAGCAUUCACGACUUAAAUUUCACGGGCCUCGACGAAGAUUUCACCUCGCAUAUUGAGCCUGAUUGGGAGAAUGAUAUUCAGCAAUGCCAAAUUGCUUUCCGAUACAAAGGACGCAUUGUGGGCCGUUUGGCUCCGAGGACUCUGGAAAGCGCCUGGACGACAGAAGCUGCAAAGAGCUCUGCACUCCCUUCAAGGAUCUUGAAAUCGCCUACUCUGGUUUAUUUAGCAGGAACUGGAAGUUUCAUUAAGGACUUCCCUCAACCUGAUAUCGGAAGUGCAGACUUCACACCCGACCAGCCCCCGAUAUUUUUUCCAACAUCCGGCCUUACCAAAGCAAAGACAUUCUUGCUGGCUCAUUAUUCUUUGACGGGAUUCUUACGCAUUCAUCUACAUGAUGCUUGGCCAGAAAUAAGAUGGGACCCUGAACAAAGCGAAGAGAACGUGGAGAUGCCACUUAUUCUGUGCUUAAAUGUUAAUCCGCACAUUUUUGAGAAAUUUCUCGCCAUAGGGAGAUGUAUUAUUUUAGCAUGA